GUCGCCGCCGCCGCCGGCCCGGACUCGCCGGGAGCGCAGGGAUCUGCCCGGCUGCGCACCGCGCGCGCUCGGAGGCUCGGGCGCCGGCCGCUGAGCCCUCCAGCCCCGCUCCUCGCUCCAGCCCGCACGGUCCCGGGGGCGCGAAGCCACCAUGCAGCUGCAGUUCCGGAGCUGGAUGCUGGCUGCGCUCACGCUGCUGGUGGUCUGCCUCAUCUUCGCAGACAUCUCGGAGAUCGAAGAAGAAAUCGGGAAUUCUGGAGGCAGAGGUGCAAUCAGAUCGGCUGUGAACAGCUUACAUAGCAAAUCUAAUAGAGCUGAAGGUGUAAUAAAUGGCUCCUCACCACCAGCUGUUGUUGACAGAAGCAACGAGAGCAUUAAACACAACAUCCAGCCGGCCUCAGCCGCGUGGAGGCACAACCAGACGCUGUCUCUGAGGAUCAGGAAACAAAUCUUAAAGUUCUUGGAUGCUGAGAAGGAUAUUUCCGUCCUCAAGGGGACCCUGAAGCCUGGAGACAUUAUUCAUUACAUCUUCGACCGAGACAGCACGAUGAAUGUGUCCCAGAACCUGUACGAGCUCCUGCCCAGGACCUCGCCGCUGAAGAACAAGCACUUCCAGACCUGUGCCAUCGUGGGCAACUCGGGGGUCCUGCUCAACAGCGGCUGCGGGCCGGAGAUCGACACGCACAGCUUCGUCAUAAGGUGCAACCUGGCGCCGGUGCAGGAGUACGCCCGGGACGUGGGGCUCAAGACAGACCUGGUGACCAUGAACCCUUCGGUCAUCCAGCGUGCCUUCGAGGACCUGGUCAACGCCACGUGGCGGGAGAAGCUGCUCCAGCGGCUGCACAGCCUCAACGGCAGCAUCCUGUGGAUCCCCGCCUUCAUGGCCAGGGGCGGCAAGGAGCGUGUGGAGUGGGUCAACGAGCUCAUCCUGAAGCACCGCGUCAACGUGCGGACUGCCUACCCGUCUCUGCGCCUGCUGCACGCCGUCCGCGGAUACUGGCUGACCAACAAGGUGCACAUCAAAAGACCCACCACCGGCCUCCUGAUGUACACCCUGGCCACGCGCUUCUGCAACCAGAUCUACCUCUACGGCUUCUGGCCCUUCCCGCUGGAUCAGAACCAGAACCCCGUCAAGUACCACUACUACGACAGCCUCAAGUACGGCUACACCUCCCAGGCCAGCCCCCACACCAUGCCCUUGGAGUUCAAGGCCCUCAAGAGCCUGCACGAGCAGGGUGCUUUGAAACUGACUGUCGGCCAGUGCGACGGAGCUACGUAAGCAGGCACCCGGCGGACUCAGUGGCUCACAUUUCCUGCCAGCUACACCACGGGCAGAUGGGAGUCGGGGUGGCACAAACUCUAGAACAAGCAGGCUAGUGGUUUUCUUUGUUAAAGUGUAAAACAGUGACCAGAAUAUAUAUAUCUAUACCUGCAUAUAUAUAUUGACCUGAGUAUUUAUAACUGUGUGGUGUUCAUCUAGCAUUAGGCAGAUAAGCCACAAGAAGAAGGUAUGGAGAACCCACCAGAAUGGAGACCCGGUCCAUCUUUGGGGGCGAAAGGAUUCGACGUGGAAAGAAGCCAGUCCCAUGACUUUGGAUGACAAACUGCCUCCCGGGUUGGAGGGAUCUUUGGGCUCAUGGAUGAGUGGAACUGCCUGGAGCCUCUGAGACAUGUGGGUUCUGGGUGAGCCAAGACCCAGAGGGGACAAUGUGACCCAAGUCUAAACGGUGCUGUUCACGGGGGAGAGGGAGGUCGGAGCGAUCAGCUGGGCGAAGGAGCACACGGACGCCGAGAAGCAGGGGCCACGUCCCAGCUGAAGGCCUUCCCGCGAACGCAGAGUUUCAGUGCUCGAGGGAUGAACCGCAGGUAUGGAGAGAAGGCGGGAGAAGACACGGCGGACAGUUUAUGCUCUGGCUUAGCACGAACCACCACAAACCUGGGACGGAGCAGGCAGACGACAGUGAAGAGUGUGACAAAUUGUGCUUUUGAAAAAUUGCAACCUGCCGCUAAGGGUCGGCAUUCCCACCCCGGAACAGACAGGAGAGGGUCCGAAAUAUUGCUGUAGUGGGUGUUCUCUAAAGCACCUUGAGUCCACCCAGGAGGAAGGGACCAGGGAUGUCAUCCCCAGAGUUAGCCUCCUGCCCGGCCUGUUAGAAUGUCACAUGAGGGACUGUACUGUCCCCUCCCGCCUCCGGGGAAGCUCCCGCGAGAGCUCGAAAAGGCCCCGCAAAGACAAAUGCCAGCCUUUUUAAAAUACGUGGUUGCCUUUCUGGGUGCCUCCAGCGCCCCCGACUGGGAGACCUGGAAGAAUGUGUAGUAUUCGGCAUAAUCCGUUUCUCUGCAGACACUCUCUCUGUUUGCCUCCUGCUCGGGCACACCAGGGGCCUCUCUGGCAGACGGCGCUGUCAGUGUCACUUCUGGUCCCUCUCCCAUCCUGAUGGUCACACCGGCCGGCACUGAGCGCCAACACUGAGGUUUUCUCCUCUGCGGGGAAUGGGGCCACCUCCACUCCCUUUCGCCCCAGAGGCAAUGAUUGUAGAAUUUUGCAAAAUCCAUUUUCCCUUUGUUAAGAUAAAGAGUUAAGACUUAAAAAACACACACCAAAAAAAACCCAAAGCACAUGCAGUCUCUAAAUACUGGACAUAAACUCCCUGGGGGAAACCUGGGCUCGGUGCCUGUGACUUGGGGCUGGAACCACAGGUCACGUAGAGACCAGCGUUCGCCGGCUUGGUUUGUUAGAUGUGUUUUCUUGUCUGAUAAAUGCGUCUUUUACAACGAAUUUGAAAGAUGAGUCAAAAACCAUUAUCUGGAAGGUGAAGGGAGUUGAGGAAAGUAAUCAAGACCUGCUCCCCAGCACAGGAGCGCGGACAUGAUGCAUCAAUGGCAGUUCGGAACAGGCCACUUGCUUCUAAUUAAUGGCUGACAGGAAGCCAGGGGAGGACAGUCCUAUCCAUUAACCCCCUACGCCGCACGCUCCACCUCUAAGCCGCAACUGUGAUUCUACGACUCUGCAUUCCUUUCCUUGUUGUUCUUGUGGGUGCGCGAAGCCGAGACUUGGGCUUUGCGUUAUGAAGUGGAUAUGUCAGGACGCACCAGCCCUAGCAGCCUCGGUGGGCAGUGAGCGGUGUGGACUCGUCAGGAGAAGUGGAGAUAAUUAGCAUCGGACUUCACACUUCUGCAAGGCCUUUUAUCGGGAGGCUCUUCGAGGCCCUGGGAGAAGCUUAACUUCUGAAGCUUGCAGAGCCGUGGGGAAUGGGCAGGACUGCCAGCAGGGCCUGCGUGGGUGAGCCAAGGUCUUGGGUUCUAGAACAUUUCAGUGGAGAGCCGUGAUGUCAGGUCCUGGAGCUGGCUCUGAGCUCCGUCCACCCGCCAGCACCCCUCCCUGGGGAGUGUAGGGGCCCGAGCACUUAGAAAAGCCUGGUUUUCUUCCUGUCCCUUCCUGGUUCCUGAAGCUGACAUGAUGCAAGUUGAAGUGGAAAUGCCCUUACAACCUGCCUCGGGCUCCCUCCAGAGAAAGGCUGCGGGCCCAGGACCACUCACAUGUGCCCAUCCUCCUCUCCUCGUCCUGCAUCUGGGCACUCACUGUCAGGGGCAGCCCUCCCUCCCCUGUCCCUUUAGAGCUCAGCUUGCGCGAGAUUCCACUGAAGCCUCCAGCAUAAGCAGCUAGCAGGAGUCCUGGCCUGUCCCCCGAUCUACUGUCUUGUGAUGGCAGUGGACACAGCCACCCGGACCCCUUCAGUCAGCUCCUGUGGACCCCCAGGCAAUCCACCCUGAAGCCCCGCAGACCUCCAUUUCCCUCAAGUUCCCCGAAUGACCCCCCUUGUCUGCCUCCUCCUUCGCUAAAGAAAUGGAGCCGCUGGAGUGAGGUCCCCCAUGACACGCUCCCUGAUACCCUAGCCACUCCUCUGUGGCCUCCAUCCUCUCUGCCCACCAACACAUGCUCAUUCUACCCAUCCUGGCUCCCAUGGCCUCUUCCCUCACCUUCCCUUCACCCCCCGCCUGGGAAGGGGCCUCCAGGCUUACACUGCCUUUCCUCCCGACACCCCCUCGGCCUCCAUGCCCCUGGCACCACCCACGAUGCCCAUCGAAAGGCCCUUUCUUGCCACCAGCCCUCCAGGGACCCCUCCUGGACACUCCCUUUCCUCUAAUUUCUGGGACCACGCGUUCCUGUGGUUUUUCUCCUCCCUUCCCAAUGCCGCUCUGGCCCUUAUUUAUGUAUUUAUUUAUUUAUGUAUUUAUGAUUUAUUUAUUGACGCCCUUAACCGAAAAAGGAGCUGAGGUGGACCUGACCAUGAUUCCCCUCUCUCCUCCUUGCCCGCAACAUAGACGUCCCCCCUCUCCUUACCUCCCUGCACCUCCAUCAGCAACCUGCGCCCCCCUGUGGGUCCGCCCUCCGCACGUCCCUGCAGCCCAGCCCCUCCCGGGUCCCAGGCCUGGACUGCACAUUCCUGUUGGACAUUCACCCUGUCUGCUCUGGCAGCGCCAUGAACGCAACACAGGAAGCCAGGUUGGUUAUCUCUGCCUCCCUUUCCUCCACGGCCCCUCCUUUUUCAGUUCGAAGACCCGCGAGCCUCUCAACCACCCAGUUCGGAGACACUAGAAGCAUCUUCGACUCCUCCCCAUCCUUGCCGCUCCUUCCCACCAGCACUGCCCUGGCCUCCGGGUCGCGUGGGCAGUUUCAGCAGCAGCCUCCCCUCCGAGGGCUCCUGGGCACGCGUGCACCUUCUCCAGUGCGUCCUCAACAUGCACAGCGAUCUUUAUCUCCAGCCACACACACGCUUUUAAAAGUGACGUACAAGUCUUCAUGCUGACAUUACAGAUCGCCCAACGAGGCCCGUCUUCCUUUGCAUCCGGCACCCAUUGUCAUUCCUGGAAGGGGUGCCCGGCUUUCCUGUCUCUGUGCCUUCGGACUUGCCGUUCUCAUCUCCUGGAAUGUCCGCGCCUCCUGGAACGCUCUCUUCUGUUUCCUUCAAGGACCAUGCAGAAACCACGUCUUCCAUGAAGCCCUCCCCGAUCUACCAACCGCUGGGGUCGCUCCCGCCGCUGAACCACCGUAGCACUUUAUUUGUACCUUUCUCAUGGCACUGACCAUAGUCUGCCUUGUACUAUAGUUCCUGUGCACUUGUCCUUUGACCGUUUCUAGACUGUAAGCUCGCCGAGGGCAGGGCCUGUGUUUUAUUCAUGUGUCCAUCACGGCACCAGGAGUGGUGCAUAGCACACAGCAGUUGCUCAAUAAAUGUUUGUUGGAUUAAA